AUGCCGUCGACUUGUUCGAUCGAUGGCCUCGGAAAGGAAUGGGAGGCGAUCCCUGAUAUCCGCAACAGCUUGCGUGAGGGCAAGCCACUCAUCCACGAGGUCAGUGAGAAGCAGGUGGACAUCAAGCUGCCGAGCAAGUUCAAACUGCUGAUCAAGCCCAUCCUGGUCAGGAUGCAUGCAGCUGACAAGAAGAUGCCCGGAGUGGAUCCUCUCCGAGCAGAGGUCAAGACAGUGCUUGAUCUCACGAAGCGGUUGUCUAAUGAGGAGAGCGAGAUCGAUAAGUAUACUUGGCUUAUCCGCAAGCAGCUCACCUUUAUCAAGGCAAAGUGCCGCCGCCGGGAAGUAUCCACCGCCGUGGACGAGGAUGAAGAUGCUUACGAUGAUGACGGCGACUCUGACGAGGCCUCGGAAGAGGCUGCUCCAGAGGGCCCCUCGUCCAGUGCGGGCGCGGGUGGCGAUGCAGGAGCCGAGGAAGACGUGAAUGCAGCAGCUGGUGGUGUUGGCCCUGUUGACUGCGAUGAUCUUCAUGAUUUGCUGAAUGAGCUGAAUGAUAUCCACAGCCCCGCAAGGUCUGCUUUGGUACCCCAUGCUGAGCAGCCAAGUGAGGACCCGAUAUUUCCCAGUCAUCCGAUUAUCAUCGAUGAUGGUGAUGAAUCUGCCGUGGCGCCUCCGACGGAGUGCAGCCACGACAGUGGGCGGGCUUUGGAGAUGCCUGCUGAGGCAGCUGCUGAGGUCGCAGCAGAGCCUGCGGCUGUGGGGUCCACCGCUGAGCAUGAAGUUCGAGCCGAUGUUGUGGAUGGGUCCAAUGGAGGCUCCACGGAGCCGGGAUCCACCGCGGAAGUGGAAGCUUCCGCUGGGAGUGCGGAGGUGAAGCCAGGUUGGAAGGUCGCGAGAUUGGCUGAGUUGAGGCGUCGCAUCGAGCAGCUGAAGGAGAAAAAGCAAGUGGUGGGCCCUGUUGGUUCCGCUUCAAAUGAAGGACCUUCCGAGGUUUCGGCGAGCAUCAAGAACAUGCCUGGAUCUCUGGGACCUGUGCUUGAUAAUCAAGAGACCCUCCCCCACGACAUCUUCGACGUCGAGACCCCGCCACCCUCAGAGCCUCCCUCAAGCAAGCGCAAGGAGAGCGAGCCCAGUGCUGCUGAGCUUCGGGAGGACUACCAGCUAAGGCAGUGCAAAACCAAGAAGAUGAAGCCCCGCCCUGGAUCCACCACGGAUGCCCGACUUCCUUACAAUCCAUACUCGCCAGAAGUCUUGGAUAACACUGCGAAAGGGUCUGAGGAUCCUUUCACCCCAGAUGAGAAGGUUGCCGCGUCCGAUAUUGGCCGUGUGGAUCAGUUGGCUGUGCGUGCCAAGAUCAAGGCACAGACUAAGCGUGGAAAGAAGAAGGGUGAUGAUGAGGAGAAUGACAUGGAGAUGUGUGACACUGACAACAACGAGAAGAACGCACCGCCCGAGAAUGACGAUAAGAAGUGUGGCACUGACAACAAGAAGAAGGCAGCACCCAAGAAUGACGCUAAGAAGUGUGGCACUGACAACAAGAAGAAGAAGAAGAGCGCAGAAGCUGAGUGGGAGACUGGUGCUGACGGGGGAGGUUACAGCGCCGAAGAGUGGGAUCACUGGCUCCAGUACGGCUAUGGCUAUGAUGAGGGUGAUCAGUGGGAUGAAGAUGGUCAUUGGGAUGGUGAUCAGUGGGUUGCGUCCUACGAGAACGAAGAGCCUAAAACGAAGCCGGACAGUGUAGCGACGAGCAAGAAGCGCAAAGCUGAGGGCUCGCCUGAGGAAGAUGAGCCGGAGCCUUCGAAGAAGGCAGCUCGCCCAAAGGCCGGCCCAAAGGCCAAAGCGAAAGCCAAGGCAUCCCCCAAGGCGAAAGGCAAGGCGAAAGCAAAAGCUUCCGCCAAGAAGGGUGCCAAGAGCUCUGCAAAGGACACUGAGCCCGAGCCGGAGAAUGAUGGUCCUGAUGGCACAGACGACGAGGAGGGGAAGCCCGUGAUUUUCGCAAGACGGUACAGGCCGGGGUCACAGAAGAUGGCCAUGGCCAAGUUCGAUGCUAUCCGCGAUGCCUUCUUGAAGAUCGUGCGCCCGCGGCUCAAGACCACUUGCCCAAGCUCGUUCGAGGAGAUGCGGAAUUCGUUUUGUGAUGAUCCCUUUUGGACCCACUGCGUGCAAGAGUUCAAGGAAUGGACGAUCGAUUCUGAGACGGUGCCGGCAGCAUGUGAGACUGCUGCAGAGAGCUUUAUCAAAAAGAUCGCGAAGAAGUGA